GAGUUCACAAUUAAUCCAAGAUGUCCCUGAAAGUCCAGACAAGCAACAUCACCAACAAAAAUGACCCCAAAUCUAUCAACUCUCGUGUGUUUAUCGGCAACCUGAACACAGCGGUGGUGAAGAAGAGCGACGUCGAGACCAUCUUCUCCAAAUACGGCCGCGUGUUGGGCUGCUCGGUCCACAAAGGCUAUGCUUUCGUUCAGUAUGCUAAUGAGAGACACGCUCGCGGAGCCGUCAUUGGAGAAAAUGGACGCGUGCUUGCUGGACAAACCCUCGAUAUCAACAUGGCAGGUGAACCCAAACCCAACAGGCCUAAAGGACUAAAGAGAUCUGCGGCAACGUUAUACAGUGGUUAUGAUUUUGACUAUGAUUACUACAGAGAUGACUUCUAUGACAGAUUGUUCGAGUAUCGAGGCAGAGUCUCUCCUGUGCCCAGAGUUGUCCCAGUAAAGCGCCCCCGUGUGGCAGUGCCAGUCGUCCGCAGGGUGAAGUCAUUACCCGUCAAACUCCUGACCAGAUCCGCUAUCCUUCCCAACAACUCUGUCAAACACAAGCUGAAAUCCACCGAGCUGCAGGCUAUCAAAUCAGAGCUGACGCAGAUCAAGUCCAACAUCGACGCGCUACUGGGGCGUCUUGACCAGAUCACAGAGGACAAAUACUGCAGCGCAGAGUUGCAGAAGAUGGAGGACCUGAAGAGUGAAGCAUCUCAGGACGAGUCGGGCUCCGAAUCGGAGGAUCUGCAGCACAGUGACAUGGAGGAGGGAGAAGACCACACACACGAGGAGUGUGACGACGACAUGGAAAACAAUCACAUAUCUGAAAUGGAUCCCAUUCUCCAAUAAAAGGCAAGAACUCAGAGCUGGGACAGUGGAUUCCAGGAUCACGCAGGGAGUUGGAAAACACUGUCGACUGGAAACUUUUUUAAUACCACAGACUCAGCGGGAAGACACUGAAACCAACAGGCGCCGUCAAAACUCCAGCAUCAGCUGUCAAUGAGACGGACAACCAAACUAGUUGUUUGCUAGAAGGUUGUGUGGGUGACGUCCUCCGAAACCAGGAAUCCAUAACAAAACGGCCACAGUUCCUGAGAGCAACAGCUUCAUCACACACGACAACUCAAGUGGAUCCAUUUCAGACAGUCUGCAUUCACAGUCAAUCAACAUUGCAUCUUUUCUACACAUUUGGGGCGCCUCAUAUAUGUAAAUACCCUUGUUCCUGUUUCUGUCCCUCCUUCCUUCCUGUCUGUUUGUGCUUUUCCAGAAAUGUUUUUUGGUUUUAUUUAUACGCCAGUCGGGAAUCAGAAGGGUUGGCUAUUUUUAAUUACAUGUGCAUAUUUAUUUAUGCUUGCACUUUCGAGACUGCAAGAGAUAUUUACAGAUGUAAAUAAAACUAUGAUGACUUGUGAA